AUGUCAGGCAGCUCAGCAACGCCCGCGGUGAGCUACGACUGGGGCACGUCUUCGGACUUGAAGACGCUCUACGCCCAGACGUACACCAUCUUCACAUCGCUGCAGCGCAUCCACCACGAGUCGCUCCUCACCGAUCGUGCAGGCCAUGGCGCAUCCGUGCUGCCGUCGGCCGAGACCAUCCAAUACUACAACAGGAUCAGCGGACACUACUCGCGCGCCAUCCAGGACUACAUCGAACGCGUGCAGCUCGACGACGAUGCCGACGUGGACGUUCAACACUGGCAGCAGGCGCAAACCAUCCUUCAGCUCGCAGAGGUCCUCUACUACCCCAAAGAUGGGCGCGGAGUUAGCGUGGUGGGAGAGGAACUGCUGCACUGGCUCAACUCGUUCGACGUUGCGCCUACCACAGAGGAGGGGCAGGAGAUUGCAGAGUCAGCAGUCCCACACGAGCAUCCAUCCUACUGGGACUAUGUGCUGCGCUGCGUGCUGCGCGGCUUUCACACCUCGGCGGCGGCAGUGCUCAAGUCGCUCGACUCGCACCACUCGGCGGUCAUCCGCAGGAUCGCACAAAAGGCAGCACGCCUGCUCUCGACUCUGCCGCGCUCCACGGCUUUCUCGAUGGAGCACGAGUUUGUGAGCGCGCACCGCAGCUGGCUCGCCUCGGUGCGCAAACUCAUCAGCGCUCUCGAGCAGGAGAUGGACGAAAUGGAGGAAGAAGCAGGCAACACCGAGGACGUCGAAGACGAGAGGCUCGAGUACGAAGCGCAAUUCCGAUGUCUACUCGAGCUCAUGGCGGGCGUCAAGGAUCGCAUCUUUGAAGCCUGCGAAGACUGGCGCGAGGCUCUGGGCGCGUGGGGUACACUCGUGCAUCCAACGCUCAAGCGAGACGAUGUGCCCACAACGGCGGCUCUCAUCCUGGACAAGUUCCCCGUCGACGCCACGCUGGCGAGCGAGGCGGUGCAGCAGCACCUCAUCAGGGGCGAGGUGCGUCAGGCGGUGCAAAGGUCGCAGGAGGUGGAUGUGUGGCUCGGCGCCCAUCUGGGCGAUCUGGCGGACAAGGUGGGGCUGCUGGAGGACGAGGUGUCGUUGCAGUCGGAUUUGCGGCAGCAGCUCGUGCUCCAGUAUGCGCAGCAUCUGCUGGACGAGCAAGGGCUGUGGCGCAUCAGCAUCGACUAUCUCGCAGCAUGUGGAGACAAGGGCCGGAACAAGAUGUCGCAUGUCAUCCUUUCGGUGCCUUUGGACGGCCCAGAGCAGCAAGACCAAGAGCAGGACAAUGCGAUGGAUGACGACGACGAGGAUGUUGCUGCGCCACCCAAGCCUCUCGCACGUGCAGAGCAAGUGCUUCGCGCAUGUUCGGAGCACGGCCUCGAGGCCGAGGCGCGUGUGAUCUGCCGCCGAAUGUCGCGCUCGUGCAUGGACAAGGGCGAGUACGGCGUGGCGAUCGCAUACUGCGUGCGCGCGUCGGACACGGUGCUCAUCCGUACGAUCGCCGACCGCAUCCUGGUCGAAUACGUCACGCGAGGCGCCGAGGCGUUUGACGAGAUUGUUGAUUCGGUGCCGACGUCGUUGAUCGCGCCGCAAGACGACGAGCGCGAGUUUGGGCGUCCGACGCUCUUUUCCAAGCGACUGGCAUUCCUCGCGCGCUUCCGCGACUUCCACCGCCUCUACGCCGAUGGACAAUGGACGGCGGCAGCGAGCCUGCUGGUGGAGCUGGUGACCACCGAAGCGGCGCCCGAGCGCUUCCUGGCGGUGCUGCUCGUCGACGCGAUCCCCAUGCUCGAGGACGGACAGGCGACGUGGUUCGACCGCGCACAGACGUUCGAGAUGAUCCGCAUCGUCGAGCGCAUCACCAACGCCGUGGCCAUGCAUCCCGACAUGGCACACCACUUCCUCGGCUACCUCGACCAGCUGCUCGGCGUAGACACCGACCAGAACCAGCCGCACAAAGGGCAGCAGGUGAUGGCAGGAUUCAAGGCGUCGGACAAGCUGGAUGCGGUGCGUCUGUCACUUGCACGCAACCUGGCGCGUGUGGGUGUGAUGCAAGUAGGCAUUGCGUGA